AUGACGCCCAUCGUCUCCCACAAUUCGCACCCGGAAUGGUUCGAAAAACCCCAGGAAUUACUCGUCUACGCCACCUAUAUUGCCGUUUUUGUCUGGACAUCCGAAACGAUAUCGAUAGGAGCACUGAAACUGAUCGGACCCCAGAUUUGGGUCUUGCGAAUCGGACAAUCUCUGUCAUUUCUGAUGGUCAUGACGUGUUUGGCGUGUUCGCACGCUUUCCUCAUUGUCAAUUUGGAUAAGGAACUGGAGGUGAGAACCACUUGCAGUGAUCCGAUCGGUCGCAAAAUUUGCAGGCUUUUUGGACUUGGAUUCAAGUAUAUUAGGUCCAAGUUUCAGCCCGAUCGGAUCAUCUGGUCCCGAGAGCCCGCGCUUUUUGCAUAGCAUCGGCCGACGAUCCGAUCGGGCUGAAACUUGGUCCCAACAAUCCUUAUAGCUCAAUGAAACCUUUGAGAUGUCCCAAACAGGGGUGUGCGGAAAAUUUCGGAAAAUCGGUUUUUCCGAAUUUUUUUUUUCGGAAAAUUUCGGAAAAUCGGUUUUUCCGAAUUUUUUUUUUCGGAAAAUUUCGGAAAAUCGGUUUUUCCGAAUUUUUUUUUUCGGAAAAUUUCGGAAAAAUCGGAAAAAUCGGAAAAGCGCGUUGAACUUGUGGCCGCAAAAACACGCUUUCUCACCGUUUUUCCGCCGCCCAGUUAAAUAUACGUCCCACUUUCCCAUUACGUCAGCUUUUCUGAAAAAACAACACAAAUCGCAACAAUCGGUUCAUUAGAAUGAGAAAAACGAAAGAAAUUGCGUAAAAUUUAAAAAUCAAAUUUAAAAAAAGACGCUCGCUGCUAGACCCUUCCAAAAAUUUUGUGAUGCGCCUUUAAAAAGCAUACGGUGGUUUCGGACAAAUUGACCUUGAAUCCACACUAAUUUUCCGAAAAUUUUGCCGAAAAUUUUCCGAAAAUUUCUCGGAAAAUCGGAAAAUUUCGGAAAAUCGAAAUAUUUUCCGCACACCCCUGGUCCCAAAGUACCUUUUCUUUCAGUUGACACCCCUCUCCUCGUGGUCCCUUCUGAUCAGCCUGCAUCUCCUGGCGUUCCUCUCCGUUCUCCUCAAGACCGUUCGUCGCCACUACACGCCGACGCGUUGGGACCGCCAAGAAUGGACGGAUUCGGUGUUCCGUCACUUCCUCACCGCCUUCCUCGUCUUCUCGAUGCUCACGGAAAUCGCCGCGAUCGCGAGGCUCGCCGAUUUGUGCGAUACAAACGCGACAAAUCGAAUUUGCGCCUCGAUUCUCAUGUGUUUCUGGGCGUCCACGACGUUUGUGCUCUUUUUUCGAUUCGUCCGAGCCACCGAGUUUCGCAUUUUCGACCUGGAAACCAACGAACGAAUUGGGGAAAUUGUGAGGCGCGAAAAUCGAUUCGAGCUGAACGUUGCGGAGAGAAAAUUGGAGAAAAACGAGGGGCGGCUCGAGAAUUUGAAGAUUUUGAUUCAUGAUAUCAGAAAUUGUCGUCGAUAA